AUGAGCGGAGGAAGCGGCUACGGUUACGGCUACGGAGUCUCCGGCGCCAGCCGGUAUGACACUGGUGAUGGCGGCUAUGGCAAUGGCAACCUCGGAGUGAAUGGUUACAACGACCGCAGCGCCGGCAGUACAGGAGGCGGGGCAGGGGGAGAUCGAGCAGGGAGCCGCGAUCGUCGCCCUGGUGGCUAUGGUGGAUUUUACCCUGAAUCCUCGCAGCAGCCUUCUCUCGCACCCCCCGGACCACCGUCCCCGGAGCGCCGGCGCGAUCGGGCAGAUCGAGAUAGACAGCAACAGCCGACACAGUCUACCUCGCGCUCACGGACGAGGAAUGGAGAUUCGGAUAGGAGGUAUCAGGGUGCGAGGGAUGAUCGCACCCGCGAGGCUCCGCGUUAUCAGGAGAGCAGGAGUCGAGAUGUGAAUGCACCUGAUACCAGCGUGAUGGAAAGCCAUAGGGGUGAAAUGCGAUCUGUGGAAGAUGUACUCCAGUCGAUUCAGCGCGAUUGGGAUUUCAUGACCGACGCCGAAUGCAUUCCCGUCCAUGUCGCCCUCAGUCUGAUGGAUACGAGCACUCUGGGCAAGGCAGACCAGGAGCCCGACUUUCUCAACAUGCAUAACCAGAUUCAGAGAACGCUCAAGGCAAUUGUGAACGAGCACCACCAGGGCUUUAACAGCUCUAUCGGAACGUUCCACAUGAUCCAGUCUAAUAUCUCUAGCUCUCAAGGGCGAGUGCGCAACCUGAGGAACUCCCUGGAGGAGGCAAAGUCAGGAUUGCUGUCUACGAAGCCGGAACUUAAAGGGUUGGCCACUUCCUCGCAGAACUAUGACGAUAUCUUGCAACUGUUCGCCCAUAUCGAGGAGAUCCAGUCGCUACCCGAGAAGCUCGAGUCUCGCAUAUCUGAUAAGCGGUUCCUUGCGGCUGUUGAGGUUUUGCAUACUGGGCUUCGGUUGUUGCGGCGCUCUGAGCUUGAAGAGAUUGGUGCCCUCGCCGAUAUUCGUGCAUACUUCAACAACCAAGAAACCUCUUUGACAGAUAUCUUGAUUGAGGAGCUGCAUGAUCAUUUGUAUUUGAAAUCCCCUUACUGCUCGGAUCGAUGGAAAGCCUCAAUUGGAGAGAGUGACAUCAACUCCAGCACUUGGACUGGAAAUCGCUCCUGGGAACGCCCGGUGUACAGUUUUCUGGCCAAGUUUGACGCGAAAACUCCAAUGGUUGAAGACGCUUCUCGAAAUCCUGAGGCGGAUACCUUCUCAUACCUUCAGUUGCUGAUCGAAGCCCUGAAUAAGAUGGGCCAUCUUGAUAUUGCCGUUGAUCGAAUCGCCCAACGUCUUCCCGUGGAGCUCUUCGCAGUCGUCGACAAGACGAAUGCUGAAGUUGACGCUCGCUAUCCCACUCCGAACCGAACCUUUUCGUCCCAUGAUAACCAGCUCAAGUCUAAUUUGCCAACUGAGACUAUCGAGGAGCGUGGCCAUGUGCUGACCGAGUACCUUUUGGCUUUGUAUGCAAAGUUCGAAUCCAUUGCAGAGGGCCACCGAGUUGUCCAUGACGUGAUUGCGGCAAUCCUGGGACGCGAUGGUGCUGUCAAAACCGACACCCUCUCCGGUGGAUUCAAGGAAUUGUGGAAGCUUUUGCAAAGCGAAAUUCGGUCCCUACUCCAUGAUUAUCUUGCAACGGAUGGAGAGACAUCUUUCAGAUCUAGAGGCGAUGAGGCGGAUGCCCGACGACACCUCACUGGGGGUAAUCGGGAUAAGAACAAGAAAAUGUUCAAGCUAUCUGACAUCGAACAGAGCUCAGAGAUGAAGGCCGAGCAAGAUGAGUUGGACGAGAUUCUUCAAUUGUCUGUCCCAGGUCUGGUAUCCAAGACACGGCAAAAGACUUCUGCAAAUGAUGUUUCACCUUCGAGGCAGGGCAAUUCAGGUACCGGUCAUAAGAUCUUGCUUGAGCCUAGCGUCUUUAAUAUGAGACUUCUUCUUCCGCCGUCGCUGUCCUUCAUCCAGCGUCUUAAGGACAUCGUGCCAGUCGACUCGGAUAUCUCCAUGAGCACCCUGACGUCUUUCCUCGAUGACUUUAUGGUUAACGUCUUCCUGCCCCAGUUGGACGAGACUGUGACCGACCUGUGCACGCUCAGCUUUAUCGCGGCCGACGCGUUUACAGAAGACCCGCAAUGGACAAAGGUCUCACCACGACCUAUCUUUAAGGUAAAACCAUUACUCUCAGAAAAUAAUAUCAAGAUUCUAACCAAACUGUCAACCCAGGGUACCGUCAAGUUCAUGUCCAUUGUUCGAGAAUUCAGCAAGAUGUUGUCUAGCAUUCCGCACGAUCAGGCGUUUACUCAGCUCUUGAUCGACCAGAUCGUGACCUACUACGAUAAGUGCUGCGGUUGGUACAAAGCCAUGGUCACCAAGGUUUCCGCACGGAACCACGGUGGCGAAGUGCGAUUGAAAGCUGCUGCUUCUUUUGCUGAGUCUGGUGACAUCCGUGAUGUGGUUGAAGAGCUAUGGAAAGGGGCUGGCGCGAAGAAACAAACACUCAUCGAUACUGAAAUCGACCUUCUUCUCAAGCGGACUGACCAGGUUCCCUUAGAACCCUAUGAUAUCAUAUCCGAUCCGAAGACCGUUGUUGCGCUGUCGCUCUUGUAUAACAGUAUGCAAUGGCUUGGAAGCCACCUUGCGAAAAUUAGACAGAUCGUCGACUCAUCAGCCGGGGGUGACAAGUCUGCCUUGACCGCGAAUGGUCGCCCAUCUCGCCGAUGGACUCUAUUUGGAGCUAUGAAGCCCAAGCGUGACAGCAUCAACAUGCCUGUAUACCUGCCACUGAACCAUGAAACGGCUGCAGCUUUCGAUCAGACCCUCGAGUCACUCCAUGGACUUGGAUCCAACGCUCUCUUAACACUCCAUGUCGAUAUUCGAUGUGGCAUCAUUCAUAUGCUCACGAAAACCAUGUCGGGGCCCAACCCGCCGACUGUGAGGGACUCUGUUCCGUUAACGCCGUCACCUGGUACGACCGAGAACUGGUGGCAUAUUAUUAUGAAUCAACCGACCGCCGCAUCGCCCUCCAUUCUCCAGUUGAAUGGUGAUCUGAUCGGAUUUGACACCAAUAUUUCCACCUACUUGGGCUCCGCCGAGCACUGGUUUAUUGCAUCUGGUUUGGCACGAUUCAUUGAUCGAGUAUUUGUGGCAUGCACACGCUAUAUCGGUGCGAUGAACGAGAAUGGCGCUCUUCGCCUCCAGCUGGACGUGCUUGUUCUACAACAAAAUUUAAAGAACAUCAUUAUCGACCCUGCUGCGACGGAAGGAAACGAGAUUACAUCUCAGGAGGUGGUGGCGCUGCCGAGAAGUGCCAAGUUCUUGGACUGGUUCCUAGAGGGAGCGGAGAAGGCCCUGGAUUACGCUAAAGAGGAGAAGGAGGCGUUCGCAGCUCAGGGUGACAAAGCUCUGGCCGCUGGCAACGGCGAACCGUUCACCUACGAUGAGCUCCGAGUUCUCGUGGACUUGUGCUUCUCGGAGAUCUCGCGUGGACCUCGGGGUGCCGAGAGUCGGGAGGACUUUAUGGCAGCGAAGAAAGCCAGCGCCGAUGCAUUGCUACGCUUGAACGAGAUCAUGUGGGAUGCGCGAUAG